UUACACUUGUAACGCUGGUAAUGAACGCUCAAAUUCCGGUGGUGAUGUGCCUAUAUAUUCAUGCCCACAGAGUUCUCCUCUCCAACCUCACACCUUAACUUUUCUCUUCUCUUGAGCGUUCAAUCGAUGGCUGCAGCUGGUAGCGGCAGUUUCCAGUGCGGACGUAUUGCCUCGAAGCGUCUCAUGAUGCUCGUGGCCUUACUUCUAGUCUCCUGCUGCCUCGGCCAUGGCUUCGGCGAUGAGGAUCAUGUGGAGGUGGAGGGAAUCAGCAGCAGUUGCAUGGAGAGCGAGAGGAGAGCUCUCCUCGCCAUCAAAUCCGAUAUGUAGGCGACAGAUUUUCUUCUUGGACCGGCAAAGACUGCUGUGGGUGGAGAGGUGUGGCCUGCGACCACACCACCGGCCAUGUCACGGAGCUCGACCUCAGCUACCACGACACAUACACAUUCGUAUACCCAGACCCAUACUUAUACACAACCGAUACGUGGGAUUUGUUUAACGAUGGGGAAACAAUAGGCAUCAGCAAGGUAAAUCCAUCUUUGCAAGAAUUGAUGCAUUUGAAGUAUUUGGAUUUGAGCAUGAAUAACUUCUCCUACGCCCCUGUGCCCAAAAUGAUCGCUUCACUAGUCCACUUGGAAUAUCUCAACCUAUCUUAUGCCAUGUUCGAUGGACUGAUUCCUCCUCAGUUGGGGAACCUCUCAAACCUACACUAUCUCGACCUUCAGGGAUGGUAUGGUUAUCAUCUACAUGUUGAUGAUCUCGAUUGGCUCUCCCGUAUUCCUUCUCUAAAAUAUCUUGACAUGAGCAAUCUCGACCUCAGCAAGGCAACCAAUUGGUUUUACGUAAUUAAUUCUAUUCCCACACUCGAAGUGUUGCGUUUGAGCGAUGCAGACCUGUCAUAUGUUCCAUCUCCUUUGCCCCCUUUUAAUCUGACAGCCAUUGCUACUUUGGAUCUAUCUUCGAAUUCCAACAUCACGUCUGCCAUGCUAAGAUGGCUUUCUAACGCCACCAGCCUCGAGUACCUCCUUCUUUUUCACUGUGGGAGCUUGUCUUCUGAGUCGCUACAAGUUGCUCUAGGAGCUCUCAGUAAUCUGAAGGGAUUGGAUUUGUCAUACAACUUCCUUCAAGGAACAAUUCUUGGAAUUCUGAACAAUGUCAGUAGCAGGGACUUCAAGCAUCUAGACUUGAGCUACAAUUAUUUAUCCGGAGAUAUUCCACAAACUCUAUGGAGCCUUAGACGCCUGGAGUACCUAGACUUAUCAACGAAUUCUAUUGUCAACGUACAUAUCUUAGCUUCUCUGGGGAAUCUCACAAACUUGCGACAUUUAGACUUGGGGGGCAAUUCAAUCAGUGGAGAAAUUCCACCAAUCGUGGGAGAUUCUGUCCGAUUGGAGUACCUAGAUUUGUCCUCUAAUGGCAUCAUCGGAAAAAUACCACAGAGCAUCGGCAACCUCACUAACCUAGUUGGAUUAUAUUUGUCUUACAAUCGUAAUUUUGGACAAAUACCAGAAACCAUUGGGGGUCUUCAAAAUCUGCAAAUGUUAUCUUUACAAUAUAACUCUAUUUCUGGACAGAUACCAAAAACCAUUGGAGGUCUUCAAAAUCUGCAGAUGUUAUCUUUAGAAAAUAAUCGUAUUUCUGGACAGAUACCAGAAACUAUUGGGGGUCUCCAAAAUUUGAAGUCGUUGAUUCUUGAUUUGAACUCUAUUAUCGGGCAAAUACCAAAUACGAUUGGUAGACUCCAUAGCUUGCUGCACUUGGACAUAUCACGUAACAAUUUAUCAGGUCCGCUACCAAAAACGAUGGGUGGUCUGUGCAACUUGACCAAGAUAGAUUUGAGUUAUAACAAUAUUAGUGGGGAGCUAAUCAAUCUAUUUGAUGGUUUAUCCACCUGCGCACAAGGGGCAUCUUUACUUGCCUUACAUAUGGACGGUAACCAUUUAAGCGGUACUAUUCCUUUAUGUAUGGGUCAAAUAUCUCAAUUAACAGAUAUAUUCCUCUCCUCAAACUCUUUGGUAGGUAACAUCACCGAAGCACAUUUUUCUAAUCUCACAAAUUUAAUGGCAUUAGAAAUAUCUUUCAACUCCUUUGACAUAAUCCUACCAAAUGAUUGGCAUCCCCCAUUUAAUGUCCAAUAUCUUGGCAUGAGUUUUUCUCGUUUAAGAGCUGAAUUGCCUGUUUGGCUUCAAACUCAGACACGAUUAACAUUUCUAUAUCUACGUCGAGUUGGACUCUACGGCAACCUCCCGGUUUGGUUUGCAAAUUUCUCAAGAGAGUUGCAUACUCUUGACAUGGGCUCUAACAAUUUACAAGGUCAAUUACCUUUUGCUCCCCAAUCGAUAUUGGAUCUCUCCAAUAACUCAUUUGCUGGACCUAUUCCCCCGAGCUUCGCAAAAGCUACGAGUCUCUCUCAAUUAUUUUUGUAUCAUAAUCAUAUAAGUGGUGGUUUUCUUCCCUUCUUUUGCAACAUGAAAUCACUUCAAGUCCUUGACUUAUCUAACAAUCACUUAACUGGAGAAAUCCCGGUUUGUCAUGACUCAUUCCCUACCUCUCUGACAAGUUUUCAAUUGAAUAAUAACAAUUUGUCUGGAAUAAUUCCUUCGUUUCUGAGACAUUGUUCACACUUAACUGCCCUUGAUUUGGGUGAUAAUAAAUUAUCUGGGAGAAUACCAACAUGGAUAGGGGAAAAACUUUUAUCUUUGAAUUUUCUUAGUCUGAGGUCAAACUUAUUAGAUGGUACCAUCCCAAUGAAUCUAGCAAAUCUCACUUCUCUCCAAGUAUUAGAUCUUUCUUCCAACAAUCUAUUUGGUGGUGUACCAUCAUCUCUAGGAAAUUUCACUGCCAUGGUCGAAAUACAUAAUGUUACCAGGCCAUCGUUGUUUGUCGACUAUUAUUAUCACGGGGGCAUCUUAUUAACCAUAAAAGGAUCAACGGAUGAGUACACAACCAUUCUCUGGCUGGUGACAAGCAUAGACUUGUCAAAUAAUCAUCUCUCCGGUGAAAUCCCAAAGGAACUGACAAAGCUUCUCGGAUUACGCUUCCUAAACUUAUCCAACAAUCAUUUGACGGGGAGGAUUCCAGAAAAGAUUGGUGACAUGAAACAGCUAGAAUCACUUGACUUGUCGAUGAACAGUCUCACAGGAGAGAUACCUUCGAGCUUUUCUGCUAUGAAUUUCCUGGCCCGUUUGAAUCUGUCUUACAAUAACUUAUCAGGAAAAAUACCCACGAGUGGUCAAUUGUCGACCUUUGGCUCAUGGUCAUAUGUGGGUAACAAAGACCUUUGUGGUACGCCACUGCCAGAUUGCCCUGUUUACCAAACUCCACCUGAUGCCAGAGUUAAAGAUGAUGAGAAGCUCGACAAAUUAUUGGAGUACACCAGUAUUGUGGUUGGAUUUGUGGUUGGCUUUUGGCUGUUUAUCGGCACGCUCAUCGUGAAGCAGGCCAUCAGAUUCGCUUUCUUCCGAUGGAUCGACAAGGCCAACGACUGGAUCUAUGUUCAGUUUGCAGUAAAGCUUGCGAAGCUCAAAUCCAAAUGGCAAACAACGACAUGAACUGCCGGACUCGCAGAACUUUGUUUUAGGUGUUACCAGAAUGGUUUAUAUAAGUUCCCGAUUUGCUGCUAUUUUGGGGUUUCUAUAAUAAAAAGCAGAUUGCCACCAGUUCAGCUGAUGCAGGAGUCAAACUAGAAGAAGAUGAUGAUGGAGAUAUGCUUGAAACAAUAAUAUUAGAUGUUACUAGCGUUGUCGUGGGAUUCAUAGUUGUUUCUGGGGUUUCUAUCGGCGUAGUGAUCAUGAAGCAAGGCUUAAGGAUUACUCUCUUCCAACAAAUUGACAACAUCUAUGGCUGGAUGCAGAAGAAUCAAUUGAACUGUGGCUAAGUGCUAAGAUUGUCUAUGUAUACUUUCAUGUAUUUAUGUGUUCGAGUGUUUUGAUUCACGUAUGACCAUUUGGUGUUGCCUCGCCUUGUUUAUUGAACUUGGAUAUGAUUAGUGUUUCUUUUCUUCAUCAACUACAAA